AUGACCUUAAAAGUAGUGUCUGCCAAAUUGGCAGCCGAAAUUGAUAAAGAAUUGAUGGGUCCAAGAAUUGGAUUCACUUUAGAGCAGCUAAUGGAAUUAGCUGGUUUCAGUGUAGCGCAGGCAGUUACACGCCAAUUCCAUUUAAAGAAGGUAGUUGGUGAAAAGACGAAUGUCUUUGUAAUUGCUGGUCCCGGUAACAACGGGGGAGAUGGGUUGGUAUGUGCAAGGCAUUUAAAAUUAUUUGGUUACAAUCCUAUUGUCUAUUACCCGAUUAGAAGUAAUAGAACUGAGUUUUAUAAACAAUUAACCAAGCAAUUGGAGUUCUUUAAAGUGCCUAUAUUAUCUGGAGAUGAUGCCGAUAGUUGGAAAGAAUUUGUGAAACCAGAUAAGACGUUAUGUAUAGUUGAUGCUAUAUUUGGUUUUAGUUUCAAACCUCCGCUAAGGGAACCAUUUCAAAGUAUUGUAGAUGAAUUACAUACAUUACAGGAACAUAUUCCUAUUGUCUCUGUAGAUAUUCCUAGUGGAUGGGAUGUUGAUAAGGGACCUGUCUCUGAAAAAUAUAUCAAUCCAAAUGUUUUGGUGUCCUUAACUGUCCCAAAACCAUGUAGUGAACUAUUGGAUCCAAAGAAGACAACGCAUUAUAUUGGUGGUAGGUUUAUUCCUCGUGAUUUUGCAAAUAAAUAUGGGUUUGAACCAUUUGGUUACGAAGGUACAGAUCAAGUUUUAAAGUUAUAG